UCUCAAUCUCCAAUUUUCUCUAAUCAUCCAAUAUUCUCUUCAGAAAGCAUAGAUAUGGGGAGAUCUCCAUGUUGUGAUGCCAUAGGUUUGAAGAAAGGGCCAUGGACACCAGAGGAAGACAAGAAGCUCAUGGAGUACAUAAAGAACAAUAGCCAUGGAAGCUGGAGAAACCUUCCAAAGAAUGCUGGGCUAAACCGAUGCGGCAAGAGUUGCCGGCUUCGCUGGACUAACUAUCUCCGACCCGACAUCAAGCGAGGCAAGUUCACCGAAGAAGAAGAACGCCUCAUCAUCCAUCUACACUCCAUUUUGGGAAACAAGUGGUCUUCAAUUGCAAGUCAGUUGCCAGGAAGGACUGAUAAUGAAAUCAAGAACUAUUGGAACACUAAUAUAAAGAAGAAGCUCAUGGUUAUGGGAAUAGAUCCGGUAACUCAUCGCCGGAGAACCGAUCUUGAGUUGCUUUCGGGGUUGAACUUCAGCAACCUGAAUACUGUCAUGAAUCCUUUGGAUAUUAAUGCUUUGAGAGUUUUGCAAGCAGAUGCUGCACACUUAGCCAAGUUACAACUUGUUCAAAGUUUGAUGAUGAGUUUACUGGGAACAAGUGCCAUGCCUUCUCUUUAUAAUAUUAAUCCAAGUUCUUCUGGGAUUAAUGUUAAUAAUCUUCAAGGCCAUGAUCAGAAUGAUAGUUUGUUCAUCAAUUCCUUUGUGACACCAACUACUACUGUUAAUUCUACACCUUCUUUGGUCACAGCAACCUCUCCAGAGAUCACCAUUAAUGGGGACCAAGUGCAAGAGCCAAUUACCAACUCCAUUGAUCACAUGUCAACAAAUUCAUCAGCUUCUACUCCUUUUGAGUCUUGGGAUGGACUUAAUUAUCUUAAUGAUCUUGAUACUGAUUUUUCAUGGAAGGAUAUUUUAGACCAAAUAUCUUGGUCCAGUGAGUUGUAGAGAGUGAUCAUCAUCAAGGGAGGAAGGAGGAGG